UGUCACAGAGUUGCACAACAAGAUCUGAGUUUUCAAGAGCGCGUUAAAGCAUCGACACCAUCCGUACAUAAGGGAUACGCGUAAGAUUUCACCGACAUCAAGAAGGAUUUUGACCAGAGGGACCCAAAAAUGACCGAGGAGCGCGACAAGUCUAUGGCGGACGCACCGUGUAGUCCGACAGGUACUUCCAGCUCGGCGUCUCAGGACGAAUCGGAUUCGGACGCGCCCUCUUCGCCGGCUGGAUCAGACAGCCACGGACUGCUCCUCUCGUCAAGCAAAAAAAUGGACGAAGAUGAAGAUGACAGAUUCCCGGCGUGUAUCCGGGACGCCGUUUCCCAGGUGCUCAAAGGCUACGACUGGUCUCUGGUGCCGAUGCCUGCGCGAGCCAGCGGCGCGCUCAAGAGCAAGCCGCACGUGAAGAGGCCCAUGAACGCGUUUAUGGUGUGGGCGCAGGCGGCGCGAAGAAAGCUGGCCGAUCAGUACCCUCAUCUUCAUAACGCAGAACUCAGCAAAACCCUGGGCAAACUCUGGCGCUUGUUAUCAGAGAAUGAAAAGCGACCCUUUGUAGAGGAGGCUGAGAGACUGAGGGUACAGCACAAGAAAGAUCACCCUGACUAUAAGUACCAACCGAGGCGUAGGAAGAGUGUGAAGCCAGGACAAAGCGACUCUGACUCUGGUGCCGAGCUAAGCCAUCACAUGUACAAAGCUGAGCCAGGCAUGGGUGGCCUGGCAGGACUAGCUGAUCAUCAUCACACAGACCAUCCAGGUCAGCCACAUGGACCACCAACACCACCAACAACCCCCAAAACCGACCUUCACCAUGGUCAUGGCGGAAAGCAAGAUAUGAAGAACGAAAGCCGGCGGCUCCUGGACACUGGGCGUCAGAACAUUGACUUCAGCAAUGUCGACAUAUCUGAGCUCAGUACGGACGUCAUGAGCAACAUGGAGGCCUUUGAUGUACGUGAGUUUGAUCAGUAUCUUCCUGUCAAUGGGCACUCAAUAGCCUCCUCCAUGGUUUCGGAACCCAACCCUGGUGUUUAUGCUGCUUCAUACAGCCACUCUGGGGCCAGUGGUGCUGUCUGGAGCCGAAAAGCAGCCCUUUCUUCCUCUUCAACCUCUGCCUCUUCCUCUGGAUCCAAUGACAUGGGUCAGCACAGACCACACAUCAAAACAGAGCAGCUGAGCCCAAGUCACUACAGUGAGCCCUCUCACAGCUCACCCUCUCACUCUGACUAUGGCUCCUAUGGUGCUCAGAGCUGCACUACUUCAACUGCUUCUUUCCCAAGCUCUCCAUGCGACUAUGCAGACCUGCAAAGCCCUGGCUACUACAGUCCAUAUUCCAGCUAUGCCUCCAGCCUUUACCAGUACCCCUACUUCCACUCAUCGCGGAGGCCCUAUGGGGGCACCAUUCUCAAUAGCUUGUCUAUUCCACCUUCCCACAGUCCCACUGCAACUUGGGAGCAGCCGAUUUAUACCACUCUAUCGAGGCCUUGAUAAGGUAGUAUAACGUUGUCUGUACUGUGGAAGCACUUCUGAAGGAAUAGCAGUAGCCAAGACAAGAAGCAGUAUGUUUGCUUAUUCAAAGCUAGAAGAAGAAGAAAAAGUGCCUGCUGAAUUUGCCUACGCCCAAACAAACUCUUAUCCAUGGACGGUGCAUAGCCUGAUAGCACUAGUACAGCAAGCAGAAAUCCUCUGUGAGGACCACCUGUCACUGUUUCUCUCCAUUCCCCACAUAUAGGCCUACUCGUGGAUUUUUUUUUUAAUGACUGUGUAUAUGCCACUGAUUUGUGUAGGAGAGAAGCACGAGUAUGCCACAUCUUUUUAAGAAGCAGAUGGAGAAAACAGAUACACAUAUGCACUGGGACCAAUUUAUUUUAAAUAUAUACGCCACCAGAAAGAGUCAACUAUAAACAUUCUCUUGGUCACUCCUUAAUUCUAAUAAAAAUAUUUUCCCCUUUUUUGGUUAGAGAUAUUUCAUAUCUAUUUAUGUUAAUUGUUCUCUCAUUACUUGUGUUUAAGUUGUAUAUUUGUAUAAAUUCUUUAGGGGGUUGUGAAAGGUUGGGGGAUAAAAAUAUUGAACUUUGUGCUACUUUACAAUCAUUUGUAUUAUUGUAGCAUAUAGCAUUCCUGGAAAAAAAUGAAACAAACACACACACGCACACACACACACACACUUCCAUUCCAUACAAUUUAAAUGAAGCAAAAGAUGAGGCAAAAGAGGCCAAUAUAUUAUCAUGUAGUGCAACAGGCUCCUGAGAUAAUUGUGUUAGGUGUGUACAAGUUAAAUUAGCCCUAUGCAGUUUGUAGUCUUUAUUUUUUGUUGAUUUCUUUUCAAUCUAAAUCCAAAACCUUGAAAUUUUAUGAUAAAAUAAAUAACAAGUUUGCUGACAUUUUAUUUUCGUGGGUAAUGAAAACAUGCAUGGACACCAGAAAUAAGCAUCUCUUUAUAUAGGAUGUUUUGGGAUAUAAAACACUACAGAGCUGCCAUAUAUAUAUAAAAUUUUCCACUGUGUGAUUAUUUUGAUUGCCUUUCAUUAUGUUGAAUCUUUGUUGAAUUAAUAUGUUCAUCUCUCUGCCCCAUCAUUUGUUUUUAACCUGUUGUUUCAGAAAUGUUUGCCAGUUAUAGUGACAUUUGAGACUCAUAACUUUUCCAAAACAUGUUGGUUUAUUCCGGCUGUGAAAAGUCAGACAGUGUUCUUUUGUUUUACUGUUGUCAUUUUUGAAAAGUUGGCUGUGAUUUUUUUUCUGUGUUAACAAAGCUAACCUUAAUUGCAGGACCUAUCUGUGAGAAAAACAAUAAACUUUUUCCCCACCCCCCGAA